AUGCCCCAAAACCCCAAAUUUGCCUACGAGGCACAAGAGCCUGCUUUUCUACAGAGGCUUCGGGGCCAGUACGGUGGUGAUACGUCCGGUCGCCUGGAGCGACCUGCCGCGCGAAACAAAAAGCUCAGAGAUCCUAAGGACGAUGAGGAAGACGAACCGGUGUAUGUCGACGAAGAAAGCAACGAAGUGAUCACCAAGGAGGAAUACAAGGCGCUGGUCGAACCUUCAAAAGAUCAUGAAACAAACACCGAGGACUCAUCCACAACCGAGGGGCAUAAGAAGCCCGCUGAGCCCAUUGCUAAACAGAGUAAUCUCACUGAAGUUGGGGGCCAGAGAAAGCGAAAGCAGGCCAAGGUAGUGGGUGAGGAGAAUAAGGCGGAGUCUGAAGCACCUGUGGUGCAAGAAAAGCAAGACAAGCCCAAGAAGUCCAAGAAAGCAAAGAAAAUCAAGCUCUCUUUUGACGAGGAGUAA